ACGAUUACGCAAUGCAUCGCGCGCGCCCAUGUAGCUAGGUCGAUCUUGCGGGAAAUUUGAAACUUUGAAUUGUAAUCUCUCGUCUGCAUCGACGCGACUGCAACUGGAAAUGUCUGAAGUUUUAUCACGAUCAAUCCUUUCUUCAGAAAUUCAUCACAUUUCAACUUAAAAUGAGUAAAGGGAAGGAUGCACAAGCUGCCAGUGCAGUCUUGGACUACCUAAAUCGCCAGAAUAGACCAUAUAGCGCCAUAGAUAUUUUCAACAACCUCCACAAAGAAUUUGGCAAAACCCUCAUUGUGAGAUGUCUUGAAGACCUAGCAAAAGAUGGCAAGAUUACAGAGAAGGUGUAUGGAAAGCAGAAGGUCUAUGUUGCAGAUCAGAGUCAAUUUCCAAGUGUCGAUGAGAAGGAACUGAAAGCAAUGGACACCAAGAUCACCGAACUAACAGCAAGUUUAGAAACUUCCAAGACAAAAUGUAAAGAAAAGGAGAAAGAGAUUGCAAUGCUGAAUAGCUCAUUAACCAACGAGGAAGCUCAACAAAGGUUACAAGAACUCACAACAAUGUGUGCCAAAAAGGACAGCCGUGUCAGUCAGAUCAAAUCAGCAGGUAUUCAUAUUAGUGUUGAGCAGAAGAAAGCUGUGUAUGAGAAUCAUCAAACCACUGUCAAGGCAUGGAGGAAACGAAAGAGGAUGGCCAUGGACAUCGUAGAUGCUAUUCUAGAGGGUUAUCCUAAAAGCAAGAAACAGUUGCUGGAAGAGGUUGGUCUCGAAACUGAUGAGGAAUGCAACGUAAAGAUACCACAGACAAAAUGAAUAUGAAAUCCUACAGAUUUUUAUUCAACUCAACCUUAGUGGCAGAAGCUCUGAAUUUACUCCCACAAUGCAACUGCAAUUCUUAUCAUCUUCAUUCUAUUCUCUGGCCCUUUUGACCUUAUGAAUUUUGUUGCAUAUUUGUGUGCACUGCAUGUAGCAUGUCACAGACUAGUAUACAAAAUGUCCUGGUUUUGAAAACCGUUCAUGCCCUAUCUUUUUUCCCCUUAAUAUUCUGUUACAUUGGCAUUUAUUCUGUCAACUCUCUCGCAUUAAUGGCGUUUAUUAGUCAAUAAAAUAAAUAAAUGCUAACAUGCCUGAACCUAGCCGUGCACGAACAUAUGCUAUCUAUAAGGAAGCCCAUCACAAAUGAAAUUUUGCUUGAUUGUUUUUAUAUCCCUUUGACUUGAGGACAUAAGUUUGCACAUAUUGCAUGUUAUUCCCUAAAAAAAUAUUUCUACUUUAUAGCUGUUUAUUGGAAUUUGACAAAAGUUGACAUAGGCAAACUUCUUCAUUCCAAAUGAAAUUAGUGAAUCAAGAUACUAUGGUCUGAUUAUACAAUCUGAUUGUUACAUAUUAGACACAUAUAAAUGAAAUUCUUUGGUUUUACAAAGUCUGGAAAUUACAUGAAGUAUUCUUUAAUGAAUUAAAAAAUUACAACACCUACAUGUGAUAAUUAGUCUCACAUCUGACAGUCCAGAGCGCUGUACAUUAAAAUCCCUGCUAUUCAUUUAAGCUAUAUGUAGCCCUAUGUUUUGUUGCCAGUGGUCAAUAUGUAUACAUAUGCAUACUGUAUACAGGUAAGUUACAUGUUAAUGGUUGUAAGCAAUCAUUAACUACAGUAAUAUGUAAAUUAACAUUGGUUGUAAAUUUGUAAUUAAAAGUUUUUAUACAAUUCA